AGGCAGUGAUAGAUAGAGGCGGUGAUGGAUAGAAAGGUUGUUUGUGAAGGGUGAUGGGCUGUAACCCAAUCUGUUUGCAUGAGAGUAUUAUUGGGAUUGUGUUUGUGUUUGUGUUUGAUCAAUGGCUAACCCCUGUUGCACUAUUGAGAUGGAGCCUAGGACCUUGAAUGGAGGGCAAAUCACCCUUGCCCGGGAAGUAGCUGGUGACAUAGUUCAAAAAGAGGAGCCAGAUGAGGCCUCUAAUAUCUUCAUGGGAUUGAAACCAGUUUCCGAGAUUAAGGAGGUGGUGGUGGAGAAUGUUGAGAAUGGAGAUUCAAAAGACAGGGUGGUUGAGAGUGAAGAGAAGAAGACCGACAUCGUCAUUGGAACAUCUUGCCAAUGCUCAUGCACUUCUUCCAUUAUGGAAUCCCCAGAUGAUCUUCAACUUAAGCUUAAGGAGCCCCUUUCAGCUCCAUUUUAAAAUUAUUGGACUGUAAUUUUUAGGAUUGUAAGAUAUAGCUUAUUGCACCACUGUCUUCUCAAACUAGAUGUUUAGGGAAUGAUUAUUGGUUUUUCAUGUGCUGGACGAAUGUAAUUAAAUUUGUCAUAGCUAGUAUAUAUGUGGACGACUAACUAGCUGG